AAAGGUGAGGAAGCUGCCCCAAACAGUCAAAUUCCGAGGCGCGGUGGCCGCGGGAUGGAAAACAAGGAGCAAGAGCUUCAAGUUCAAUAAGCAGUUUUCCCGUUACAGUAAGGUCCUCCGCCUCCCGUCUCCCUCUCUCUCCAAACGAAAGCGAACUCUGAGCGAGCCCUACCUAAUAAAUAAUAAGUAAUGAAGACCCCUUGCCAAAUUCCGGGUAUAUAAAGGGGCCGAGAGUAGCACUUACCUCCAUCCAUUGUUCCCAACUGCGUUCAUUCUAUUUUCUUUUGCCUUUCUCUCUCUUUGUAGUUCUGGCAUUUUGCUUUGCCUUCGUUGAGUCCGCCAUUUGAGUCUUCAAGAAGUUCUGAGUUGUUCUGAAACUCUGAAACAAGGAAGGAGAAACAAUGGCUGAUCACAGAACCUUGACCCGCAUCCACAGCAUCCGCGAAAGGCUUGGAGAUACUCUAUCAGCUCACACUAAUGAGUUGCUGUCCCUCUUCUCAAGGUUUGUUAAGCAGGGAAAGGGUAUGUUGUUACCACACCAGAUUCUGGCAGAGUAUGAAUCUGUAAUCCCUGAAGCGGAUCGAGAAAAGCUUAAAAAUGGUGGCUUUGAAGAUGUUCUCAAAGCUGCUCAGGAGGCUAUUGUCACACCUCCAUGGGUUGCUCUUGCGAUCCGACCAAGACCUGGAGUGUGGGAAUAUGUCAGGGUUAAUGUGAGUGAGUUGGCUGUUGAGGAAUUGACUGUGCCCGAGUACUUGCAGUUCAAAGAAGAGCUUGUGGACGGAAGAUCUGAAAGCAAUUAUGUGCUUGAGUUGGACUUUGAGCCUUUCAAUGCUUCUUUCCCACGCCCUUCGCUCUCGAAAUCCAUCGGCAAUGGGGUGCAAUUUCUUAACCGGCAUCUUUCUUCGAAAUUGUUCCAUGACAAGGAGAGCAUGUACCCACUACUCAAUUUCCUUAAAGCACAUAACUACAAUGGAAUGAGCAUAAUGCUGAAUGACAGAAUUCACAGCUUAAGCGCCCUUCGUUCUGCACUACGGAAGGCUGAGCAACAUUUAAUAAGCAUCCCACAGGACACUCCAUACUCUGAGUUCAACCAUAGAUUCCAAGAGCUUGGUCUGGAGAAAGGCUGGGGUGAUACAGCUGAACGCGUACAUGAGACCAUACAUCUCCUCCUCGAUCUUCUUGAAGCACCUGAUCCAAACACACUUGAAAGCUUCCUUGGUGCUGUUCCAAUGGUGUUUAAUGUUGUCAUCUUAUCUCCUCAUGGUUACUUCGCACAAGACAAUGUUUUGGGUUAUCCUGACACGGGUGGCCAGGUUGUAUACAUUUUGGAUCAAGUUCGUGCACUGGAGAAUGAAAUGCUUCUGAGAAUAAAGAAGCAGGGACUUGAUAUCAUUCCUCAUAUCCUCAUAGUGACUAGAUUGCUUCCAGAUGCAGUUGGAACUACUUGUGGCCAGCGUCUUGAGAAGGUCAUUGGCACUGAGCACACAAACAUACUUCGGGUUCCCUUCAGGACUGAGAAAGGAAUCAUUCGAAAAUGGAUCUCGCGAUUCGAAGUGUGGCCUUACCUUGAAACUUAUGCUGAUGAUGUUGCAAAGGAGUUGGCUGGGGAGCUGCAGGCUACUCCAGAUCUCAUCAUUGGAAACUACAGCGAUGGAAAUCUAGUAGCAUCUUUGUUGGCACAGAAACUGGGAGUUACUCAGUGUACGAUUGCUCAUGCUCUGGAGAAAACGAAGUAUCCUAAUUCUGAUAUCUACUGGAAGAAGUCUGAGGAACAAUACCAUUUCUCUUGCCAAUUUACUGCAGAUCUUAUUGCCAUGAACCAUGCAGAUUUCAUCAUAACAAGCACUUUCCAAGAAAUUGCUGGAAGCAAGGAUACUGUGGGGCAAUAUGAAUCUCAUACUGCCUUUACAAUGCCCGGGCUCUACCGCGUAGUUCACGGGAUCGAUGUCUUCGAUCCCAAGUUCAAUAUUGUCUCUCCAGGAGCUGAUAUGUCAAUCUACUUUUCUUACUCUGAGGAGAGCAAAAGGCUCACAGCCCUCCACCCUGAAAUUGAGGAGCUACUCUUCAGUGAUGUUGAGAACACUGAGCAUAAGUGUGUAUUGAAGGACAAGAGCAAGCCCAUAAUUUUCUCGAUGGCGAGGCUGGACCGGGUAAAGAACAUCACUGGCCUUGUUGAGUUAUAUGGUAAGAAUCCUCGGCUUAGGGAGCUUGUUAACCUUGUGGUGGUUGCUGGAGAUCAUGCCAAGGCAUCCAAGGACUUGGAAGAACAAGCUGAGAUGAACAAAAUGUACAGUCUCAUUGAGCAGUAUAAGCUUGAUGGGCACAUAAGGUGGAUUUCUGCUCAAAUGAAUCGUGUUCGGAACGGAGAGCUAUAUCGCUAUAUUGCUGACAAAAAGGGAGUAUUUGUGCAGCCUGCCUUCUAUGAAGCUUUUGGGCUAACAGUUGUGGAGUCUAUGACCUGCGGCCUUCCAACCUUCGCCACAGUUCAUGGUGGUCCAGCAGAGAUCAUUGUUCAUGGAGUCUCGGGCUUCCACAUUGACCCCUACCAGGGCGAUAAGGCUGCAGAGCUGCUGGUGAAUUUCUACGAAAAAUGCAAGGAGGAUCCAACUUACUGGGAAAAGAUCUCCAAGGGAGCAAUGAAGCGUAUUGAAGAGAAAUUCACCUGGAAACUGUAUUCUGAGAGAUUGAUGACCUUGGCUGGUGUUUAUGGUUUUUGGAAGUAUGUUUCUAACUUGGACAGGCGCGAGACAAAGAGAUAUCUGGAGAUGUUUUACGCCCUCAAAUAUCGCAAACUAGCAGAGUCUGUUCCUUUGCACCAUGAUUAAGAGAUUGUUGCCAACAGCACUAAAUAAAUUCCGGGCAAAGUCAAAAGUUCUAUUCCGUUUAUUUCAAACUUCAGAAGAGUCUAGAAGCUGCUGAGAGGGCUUUUGUUUCUUUCUAUUUGAAAAUUCUCUACUUUUGUAUAAGGCUCAAAUGCCAGAAUAUUUGUAAUGCUAUCUGAUUGUUUUUUUUGUCUCUCUUUCUUUUUUCUCCAGAUGUAUGGUCAAAUAAUAUUUGAGUUGAUUUGGUUUUUAUGAUGUCC